AUGAACCAAGACGAACGUGCUCGGAAACCAGCAAAUUGUCGGCAAAAAGCACGGCUGCUGCUUUCUACGGAGCAACCUGGAAACGCAGCGUUCAUCCGAACGCUUCUCGAGCUGGCUUCUCAUUUACAGCGAGUUCGGUCGCAAACUUCAUUUUCGGAUGUCCGCGAAAGUCUUGUGCACACCACAGAGGUGCUGCAGAGGGUUCAAAUUGAUUCGCAGUGCCUAGGGCGGAGCACAGAAGUCUGUGUUUCUGUGCUCUCGGCACUCUUCUUUUCCGUUGCUGUUGUACUAGAGCGACUUGUUGACUCCAGAACGGCCCUAGCCGACACGCUGAUCCGAACUUUGAGCACAGCGUUUUCGGUUCAGAGCGCGCCUCUGGAUGAGCAAGUUGUUGACGCUUCCGUUCCACAGCUGGAGGCAGCACUUUGGCGACGUUUCGAGAGUCUUCCUCUUAAUAUGGUUUCCGGGUCUUCGCCUCAGGUAUGGAAGCACACAACGGGCACUUGUUCGCAAGUUUUCACAGAGCCCGCGCAGGUUGCACUCCGUUGUGUAGCCAGCUGGGCUCGCGCUCGGACUGACCAAACGCGCGGGAUCGAAGCGCCCGUGGCUCGCGAGCCGUCAACCCAGGAACUGUCGCUCGAGUCAGGCAUGUUCGGCAAUGGAAGCUCGACAUUCAAUGAGAAUCUGAAGAGCUUAUCAUCCAGGAAGGUGACGCUCGAAACAGGCAGGCUCGAUCAUGAAAACUUUGCGCUCGAUGACGAUUUGAGCAGCCCGCUUGCAAGCCAGAUUCACUCUCAUGUAGGGGAUGCUUCCGGUGAACCAAAGCGUCUGGCGCAGCUGGACCUGCCAGAGCAGCAUGAUAAUGCGGGAGGCGUGCUCAUACCGGAUACUGUAGUUCGAACGCGGAAUCCAUCUCCUCCCAACAAUGACUCGAUGCAACAUGCCUCUGAUUCCAAUGGACAGAGCAGCCAUGUAGACCGCCUCUGGGCCGUUGCUCACGACAAUCAACGCAAACUAGAGCCGAAGCAGAAUGCCUGCCCAGUUAUACGAGAAGCGGCGGAGGCGAAUGCUGCUUUCAAGGAAGCGACGUGCCUCAAGGGUGGUCCUCGUGCGCAGCGCAGGCUCACGGCCGGCUGCAGACAUUGUUUUCCGUGUGCAGUUCUAUCCGAGGCUUUGAAGCGUGCAGGCCGCGGUGCCAUCUCUUGUAUUCUCUUGUUCCUUUUGGAGCUGUCUCGUUCCAGAGCACAAUGGCAGCAGCGAAGCAGCGCCAUUCGCCUCUUGCACAGAUUUAUUGCAUUCUUGCCUCAAGACGAGUUGCGCCAAUGCUUACCUGGUAUCAGUUCGGGUUUGUGCUCGGUCAUUGCAGGCGAUGCCCAAACAAGAGCGCUGGUUAUUGCAGAGGCUGCUACAUGCUUUGGGACCCUGUUCGCACGUGCACUGGAACCUUCUCUAGGAACAGAGGUAACUGGAUCGAUGACGGCGCCAGCGUCAGUCACCAGCGGAUGCAACUGGCAACAAACCAAGUCCGCAGUGGGCAUCGUCUCUCCCGAGCACGCUUCCCCGGUGCCUUCCAAAGCGGACACAAAGCACUGGAUUCACGCUGUAGCUCCAAAAUUGCAAGCGCUUCUCAAUCGGAUUCUCGUCGAAAACUGCAAUGCGUUCUCCCUGCACCAUCAUCCGUCGGCGUUGGUGCAGGCGGCUGGUGUGUAUCUUUGCACUGUAGUGCUCGAAUCCAUUCGGAUGCAGGAUGCGUUUGCAGAUGACGUGCCAAUGCUGUUUGCAAACCUGGCGCUAUAUCUCACGAGCGAACAUCACCAGGUUGCUGUGCUCGCUGCCCGUGCACUGCGAUUUAUCGAAGCGCUCUAUGAUAGCGUAUUAGCGGAAAGAGCGCUAGACGGGAUCGGCGAGGAUUUGGGGGAAUUCUCCGACGACCCGGAGCGUCCUUGGCAUCGCAGGCGAAUGAGGUGCGCUGCUGGCCUUCUCGUGUACCUGGGACAGUGUCAAAGAGCGUCUGCGCUGCCGCGCCUUGUUCAGUAUCUCUACGAGCGCAGGAAUAUCCUCGAUCUUCUGCUAGCUAUUCAUGACAGUGAUGCACGUGCGGGCCCUGCUAGCCCAGGGGUUUGGAUCCUGGAAGCCGCUAGCGAGGGCGCUCCGCCAAACGCUCGCCUCUUCCCUGGGGAACGCUGUGAUCUGGUUCAGUUGCUGGGCUAUGCGGGAGCCAUGGACCCGCUUCUGGACCCUAUGCUCGGCCGUCUUGAUAGUCGGAAAAGCGAUGCCCAAGCCCAGCAUUUACAAAGUCUGCUGUCGUUCGCUAACAACCUAUUACAGGGGUCGCUUUCCCGAGAGCAUCCGGACGCAAGCCAGGCUGUGUCCAAUCGAUCGAAUGGCGACGACCUUCUCUCUGUCUAUCUGGAAAUCGGCGAGGAAUCUCGACACGAUCCCGCGACUCUCAUCCAGAUCCUUCGGGGCAUACGGGUAUAUGCUGCUUGGGCAGCGCGAGACGUUGUGGAUUUCCGGCGUCGCUGUUUGCACAAGUAUAUGGCUUUUGUAGCCUCAGUCAGUUUGCCCGUUGCAACCUCAGCUAGCCAAAUGACUGCCCCUGUAGAAGAUAAGAUCCCUCGGAAUGCGUCGCUUGCCGCAGAUUCUGAACUCGAACCUGGUUCCGGCAGUGCUGCUGACACGAAUGCCCUGGCGACGGCGGCAUCACAAACGUUGCAGGUUCUUGCAACUGCCGCCGGCUUCGCCAGCGUCGAGUCUCUGGUUCGGGCGCAGUUGAGUUUCCUCAUUCGAGUUGUAUCAACUGAAUCGGCGAGACGGUUUUUCUUUUCGAUCGCGGGGCCAGAGUCUCUCGUACUUGUCUCGGAUGAGCUGGUGGAUAUCGGUCGCGGCAUCGCGUUUCUGUCUGAGGAGCGUGCAUUGCGUAACCUGGAACUGCUGGACACGGUUUGCGCAGUGCUCGGUCGACACCCAUGCUUGCGGAGCGACAGCGAGCACCGCGCCGAUGCAGAUGACGUCGAAGAGGAUCCCUCGUUGCUCCGUCUCGCACAGGUCGUCGAAAGUGUCGGGAGCGCUGCACUCGCUGCCACUGAGAGGCAGAGCCCAGAGCUCCGCCGCGCCGCCUUGCAGCUCCUGCACGGCUUGUUAGAGAGCCUCGCGUCGAACCAGAGGUUGCUCCUGCCCAUGGUAGCCAGGGUUCUCGAUCACGUGCCGCGCUGCAUGCUCCAAACUCGUGCGGAUGUGCGCAUAGCUGCAUGUGAUGUGAUCGAGCUCGCGUUCAUUCUCGUGCCGUGGUUCGCAAGCAGUCGCACUGAUAAGAUCUGGGCUACGAUGUCGCGCUUGCUUCCUCAGCCGCUUCGCACAAACGCCCGUCGGAGAGAAUCCCCGGGAACUGCCCGCGAGCAUGAGCCACUUCAACUGGUCCGCGGCAUCACCUGGGCGACGAUUACGCGUGUGCUGCAGUGUCUAUGCAAGAUCCCGGUGAACUCGUUGCGGAAACAUGAGCAAGCAAUUCGGGCUCAGUGUUCAGCGAUACAGCGCUUCACCAGCCGGAGCAUCUCCGUACAAGCUCAAUCGGAUUUCGCUCUGGCUCUCUCGGCCGCACAGCAACUGGUGUCUAUUCUUGCCGCGCAGUAUCCUGAGGCCGAGGCUUAA